GACAUACAUCGGCGAGUACCGUAAAAGCCCGUAAUAAGUAUGUCAAUGCACUUGCCAGCACUGCAACCCCUGUAUCUGCCUCUGGGCUAGGCAGUUGACCAUUGGCAUUGAUUGCACGGCCAGCAGCACCUCGGUGUCAAGACAUUGCAGAUGCAGUGAACUGACGGUGGCCAAGAACUCGAAAGCCCUUCUCUGAUAGACCCAUAACCCAUUGCUGAAGAGAUCUUUUACUCCAUCUCGCCCGACCUGGAGCGCCACUUUUUUGAAGGUCGGCUCCCUGACUAGUUCGAAGGUAGUAGCUUCCAGCUCGAAGGACAACAGAAUGCUGUAGCGAGGAAGCAAGUGGCGCUCUGGGAGAAGAAAGCGGAGAUGGCCAAAGACCCGUCACUUCCUCCGGAGGUGAAGAAGUUCCUUGUUGACCGUGCGGACAAGUGUUUGUGUAUGCUGGCUGAAAGAAGAGAUACACUUGCCGUGGCAUCAUCGUCGUUCGGCACUAUCGAGCCGGCUGUGUGUCUGGCCGAGUUAUGGAAGCUGUGCUGCCAGUAUGUCGGUGCUGGGCAUUCGGAUGUGAUCCUGCGUGCUGCUCGGAUGUGCGACACUCUGCAGAGCGAAGAUGAGAUUGUUCGUGUUCUAAGUCACUUCUGUCAGGAGAAACAGUGCGGUCCUGAUCGGACAUUGAAGGUUUCCAUCAUGUCACCUCUUGUGGCAAGGAAAAGAUGCCAGCAGUACCCGCGUCCAUUGUGGUGCUUCUUGCUGCUCAAGCACUUCUUUAUCAUCAAGAAGAAGGGCAUAGAUGUUAGCACUCAAAUCGGUGCUUUGCCAGCUAUCGACUAGAGCCUAGCGAGCUGGAUUGCUCCUGCGGUUUCUUCUCCUGCCAGCGUCCCGGCCAUACAACCUGCUGCUGCCAGCGUCUCGACGGCCAAACUGCCUGCUCUAUGAGGCAUGGGUAUGCCACCAGCUAGCGGGGGUAUGCCACCAGCUAGCGGGGGUAUGUGAGCUAUUGCCGGCAGUUUGACCGCGAUCCCGUGUGCCAUCGGCGCAGCCUUUUUCCUGUGACAAAUGCUGUUCUCAACAUACCCAUCAUCUAGACCCGCCACUCAGUAUUGCUUACUAUAUUGAAUUGAGUGAUUGUGGGAAAGAUAUUGGGUGGAUCCCAGGCUAUUACGCAACAAAGGAAGGAAUUGCUACUAUUAUUCAAGACUGGGACCGAGACAAUUGUCAUCACACUUCUCUACUUGUUUUGGCUGCCACGUAUGCGGCAGUGCUUCUUUAGACAGCACACCCACUAGAGACUGCACAACUGUUACUGCAUAUCUAUCUAUUUUAAUGUAUGUGUGUAUGUGUGUGUGUGCAUGUGCGCGCGCUUGUGUGCAUGGGUGAGAGUGUGUAUGUGUGUGCGUGUGUGUGUGUAUGUGCGUGCGCCCGCACGUGUGUAUUUGCGUACUUCUUUGAAGUAUGUGAGAGAGACAUUAGAUGGCCUACCAUGAAAUGAUUAUAUUUCACCAUAAUUAUAGGCCUUUUUGGUAUUUUUCUUGUCCUCUUGCCGCAAAGUGCUGUUUUCCUGUUCUUCCUAUCCACUUCUUCCUACCCACUUCUUCCUACCCACUUCUUCCCAUCCACUUCUUCCUACCCACUUCUUCGGAAAGUUCCUAGUAGACUUUAGGACGUAGCGUUAGAUGUGUUCUGAUCACUGACUCCUGUCGUUAGUAUCGUCAAUAUUGAAUUUCUUUUAUUCCCAUAGCUAUGCAAAAUACGUUACCUUAGUAGCAUCUGGUGCUAGCCAGGGUGCACAGCGCUCUA